CAGGGCGGGCGGGCAGCGGCGGCCUUUUCUCCCGGGCGCCCGGGCUUCUUCCCGCCAGAAGCCCCCGGGGACACCGGCUUCCUCUCCUCACGGGGACACGUGGCAAUUGCCCGGGGGGUGGCGGUUGGGAGAGCCGCCCGUGCCCCCCAGGGGGCAAACCGCUUCCCCUCCCCCGGCCCGAAGCGGCUUUUCUUCAGACAAAGUCCAGCUGUUUGAGGGGUGGGGUCCCCUAUCCCUUCCGUGCACCGUGGGGGGGGGGCGUCCCUCCCCAUUAGGCCCAAGGAGGUCCUUCCCCAGGGGAGGGGAGGGGGCUCCCUGCCCGCCUGUCUUCUCCCCCUCUGGCUUCGGGGGUCUCCCCCCAGAGCGCCCUCGCCUCCCCCACUUUGGCUGCAGUAGCUUUUAAUUGUUAUUGGGGGGGGGGCCCUGUCCUUCUAAUGUGUGCACUGGGGCUCCCCUUGGGGAGGGGGCUUGCGUUGCUUCCCCGUUGGGGGCCUUGCCCUAUGCUUUUGGCGGGGUCCUCCGGCAUGCCCUGGCGCCCUCCCCUGCUUUGGGGGUGAAUUUGGCCUUAUCACUCGAGAAGCAGUGCCCCCAUCUUUGGGGAGCGGGGCUGCAGCUGCUGCGUUGAAAUCGGGGUGCUCCUUCCCCAGGGGGUCUGCGUGGAAGAAUAGCCCACCCUCCUUUUGGGGGGGGCAGCCUCCCUUUUCUUUCCUGGAGAUGCAGUUGCUUGAUACAGGGCAGCUGGGGGUGGUGCAGUAGUAUUUGCCCUCCACCAGCAAGCACACACCUUUGUUUUUAAUGCGUCUGCACCUGUGGGAUUUUUCCAGGUCCUGGAAGGCAGCUUCUCCCCCUCUCCUUGCGAGGACACAGGCCUCAUUCUGCCCUUUCUGCUUUUUCCUUGGAACAGAACUGCUAAAACCUUCUAGCUUCUAUUACUGCAUAGAGAAGAUCUCCCAGCUUGAGAAACUGGAUUUGGCUUUGCUGUUGGACUGGACUCAGGAGCACUUUACCUCUUGCCCCUUCUGCUCUGUCAUUUGGACAGGAUGAAUUUUUCUGAGGUGUUUAAACUGUCCAGCCAGCUGUGCAAGUUCUCCCCGGAUGGGAAAUUCCUGGCUUCAGGUGUGCAGUAUCGUUUGGUGGUUCGUGAUGUGAACACUCUGCAAGUCUUGCAGCUCUUUACCUGCCUGGACCAAAUCCAGCACAUCGAGUGGUCUUCUGAUUCUCUUUUUAUUUUAUGUGCCAUGUACAAACGUGGAAUUGUGCAGGUCUGGUCCUUGGAGCAACCCGACUGGCACUGCAAGAUUGACGAGGGGUCGGCGGGACUGGUGGCCUCUUGUUGGAGCCCAGAUGGCCGUCACAUUCUCAACACCACGGAGUUCCAUCUGCGGAUAACAGUCUGGUCCUUGUGUACAAAAUCUGUCUCUUAUAUCAAGUAUCCCAAAGCCUCUCAGCAGGGCAUAGCAUUCACAAAGGAUGGCCGCUACAUGGCCUUGGCAGAGAGGAGAGACUGCAAGGACUACAUCAGCUUAUUUGUGUGCAGUGACUGGCAGCUGCUCAGGCAUUUUGAGACUGAAACUCAGGACAUUGCUGGGAUCGAAUGGGCCCCUAAUGGCUGUGUGUUGGCGGUGUGGGACACUUGCCUCGAGUAUAAAGUUUUACUGUACUCCCUUGAUGGCCGCCUGCUUUCCACGUACCAUGCUUAUGAGUGGUCGCUGGGCAUCAAAUCCUUGGCCUGGAGCGCCAGCAGUCAGUUCUUGGCCAUUGGCAGCUACGAUGAAAAGGUGCGCAUUCUGAACCACGUGACGUGGAAGAAAAUCGCGGAGUUCGAUCAUCCUGUAAACAUUGUUAGCCCAAAGAUAAUCGUUUAUAAGGAAGUGGAGAAAGCCCCGACAGUGGAAAUGGAGAAACUGGCCUUCCCCCCUACCAAGAAAAUGGCACGCUCUCUCUUCAGCACAAAUAGCAAAUAUGAAAUUGCCCAAGUCCCAUUCUCUUUGCAUCAUGCCAAGCCCACAAUCGAUCAGGCCAAUCCCCGAAUCGGAGUAGGAAUAUUGGCUUUCAGCUCAGAUAACUGUUACCUAGCAACCAGAAACGGUGAUUUCCAGGUGACGUCUCUACGCUGGCACCCCAGUGGAGAUUCUCUGACACUGAUGAGCAAGGACAAUUUCUGUCUAUGUUACUUAGAAAGAGAAGAGGAAGACGUGAAAUAGGGAUGCCCAAAAGUACAACCAAAUGAAAAUGGAAGGCUGGGGUUUUUUUUUCAGUAUUGGCUCGUCAGAACCUUGACAUCCUCCCAAAGCAAACGUUGCUUCCGGGCUUGUGGGGGAAUGUUCCGCUUUUCAUUGUAUUUUCAGUCUGUAUAUAGCUGUGCAGGUACUGGUACAGAGUGGCUGCUUUUAAACAAAGUACGUAAGCAAUAGAAGAUGAAAUUCAAUAGCAGGAGCAGGUGUUCCGUUUAAGUCUGUUUUGUAUAGAAUGUAAAUUGUAUAGUGUGCCAACUGCUUUGUUUUGAAAUUUCAAUAAAUAUUUUGUUACAUA